AUGAGCAGCGAAGAUGAAACCUGGUACGCGGAGGUCGGCAUCGAACCGAUUUGCGACAAGAACGAUUCGAAGUUGUGCUACGCAAUGAAAAUCGAGAAGAGGAUCAAGAACAGGAUUCACUCCAAGCUGAAAAUGGAGAUAAGCAUCCUCAAGAUGGUGGCCAAUGAGCGAAAAGGAACAAGCGAGCGCAAUCAUUUCACGGCGAUUAUCGACCGCGGAAAGAAGGAAUACUACUACUUUCUCAUCAUGCAACUCGUCGGCAAAUCGUUGCAGGAUCUCAAGAAAGAUCGCCCUAUGAAUGUUUUCUCCUUGGGCACGGGACUUGGCGUCGGAAUGCAGUGCCUGGAAGCGGUUGAGGACCUUCAUAAACAUGCCUUCAUUCAUCGCGACCUAAAGCCGGCAAACUACGCAUGUGGUCUUGAUAAUCAGAUGCACACGGUCUACAUCCUCGACUUCGGAAUUGCUCGCAAGUACACAAAUCACAAGGGUGAAUUGAAGACGCCACCUGCUGAGAGGUCGGUGAAAGACGAUGUGGAGUCGUGGUUCUACCUGCUAUUGGAUCUCAUCGUCAAGGAAGGUCUGCCUUGGAAGAACAUUGAUGAUAAGAACAUUGACUAUCAGAAGAUUCUCACCUACAUCGAUCGCCUCGAGUACACCGAUCAUGUCGAUUAUCAAUUCAUCUACGAGAAGCUCAAACGGAUCGCUGCCCAGCAGAGCAUCAACAUCGACGGCCCGUACGAUUUCGAGCCGCCUUCAAAGCAG